AUGGAUCAGCAGCCCCAUCCCCGACCAGACCUGCGGGUUUCCCCCUGCGGAAGCAAACCCGUACCACUGAACCUGGGCGCAUGGAUCAGCAGCCCCAUCCCCGACCAGACCUGCGGGUUUCCCCCUGCGGAAGCAAGCCCGUACCACCGAACCUGGGCGCAUGGAUCAGCAGCCCCAUCCUUGUCCAGACCUGCGGUUUGCCCCCUGCGGAAGCAAGCCCGUACUACUGAACCUGGGCGCAUGGAUCAGCAGCCCCAUCCCCGACCAGACCUGCGGGUUUCCCCCUGCGGAAGCAAGCCCAUACCAUCGAACCUCGGCGCAUGGAUCAGCAGCCCCAUCCCCGCCCAGAUCUGCGGGUUGCCCCCUGCGGAAGCAAGCCCGUACCACCGAGCCUGGGCGCAUGGAUCAGCAGCCCCAUCCCCGACCAGACCUGCGGGUUUCCCCCUGCGGAAGCAAGCCCAUACCAUCGAAGCUCGGCGCAUGGGUCAGCAGCCCCAUCCCCGACCAGACCUGCGGGUUUCCCCCUGCGGAAGCAAGCCCGUACCACCGAACCUGGGCGCAUGGAUCGGCAGCCCUAUCCCCGACCAGACCUGCGGGUUUCCCCCUGCGGAAGCAAGCCCGUACCAUCGAACCUCGGCGCAUGAAUCAGCAGCCCCAUCCCCGACCAGACCUGCGGGUUUCCCCAUGCGGAAGCAAGCCCAUACCAUCGAACCUCGGCGCAUGGAUCAGCAUCCCCAUCCCCGACCAGACCUGCGGGUUUCUCCCUGCGGAAGCAAGCCCGUACCACCGAACCUGGGCGCAUGGAUCAGCAGCCCCAUCCCCGACCAGACCUGCGGGUUUCCCCCUGCGGAAGCAAGCCCAUACCAUCGAACCUCGGCGCAUGGAUCAGCAGCCCCAUCCCCGCCCAGAUCUGCGGCUUGCCCCCUGCGGAAACAAGCCCGUACCACCGAACCUGGGCGCAUGGGUCAGCAGCUCCAUCCCCGACCAGACCUGCGGGUUUCCCCCUGCGGAAGCAAGCCCGUACCACCGAACCUGGGCGCAUGGAUCAGCAGCCCCAUCCCCGACCAGGCACCAGGGUUGCCACCUGUAGAGGCAGGGCCGUGCAAGCUCACCGAGGAAGAGUGA